AUGACGAACAUGGCACCUUCGUCCUCUCGCGGCCGUGUGCGGUGUCUCGACUCGAGAACCGGCGUCUUCCGCAGUGUUGCAGGGCUUUUUCUGAUCCUGGCUUUUGGCUAUUGCAUGCCUUCUCCCUGCGGUGCGGCAGCACUUCCUGAGUCAACAGAAGCGCCCGCAGCCACGAUGCUCGAUGACAUUCUCUACCAAGUCGCCUACCCCGAGGACCCCGUGCCUCUCGUCAAGGCUGUGGGAAAGGCUGCCGUGGCGCGGGGCGCUCCACAUAUGGUGCCUGUCACAUCGUGCGAGGUGUCGGUGAUUCCCCUCGCUGCAGGUUUGUUCGAAGCGCUUACGUCUCCAGGUGUUGCCAGGGAGGAACUCUCGGCGGCCGGUGAAAGACCUCUGGGAUACUGCCAGGUACAUGUGACCGUGGCAUUUGACCUCGGAGAGAAGGCGGAAGAAGACGUGGAACGGAUUGGACGCCUGAUUCUCCAAGGCCGAGCUCGCCCCCUGCUGGGCGGCAACGGUAAUGCAGACGGCGAGGUGAACAGCAGCAUUCGAGACCUGUGCAAAAAGACGCUCCACUCGCUACCCAUUGUACGCUUUUGUGACGACAGCGCCCGAGCAGGAAACCUUGCAGCGCGUUUUUACGCGUUCGUUUUCGGUGAAGAACCGCAAGGACUGCCAAACAGAGCCCACCUUGAACUCGAAGGCAUUCUCUCAGGCGAAGGGCCUGAGAACGUGUAUCUUAUGAUCGAUUCAUCGUCGUGGAAGGCGUCUGAGGAGUAA